AUGGCUAUCAAACCAAUUACUGGAAUGCUCCGAAGAGGGCUCGUCCUUGACCUUAGCGUCGCUUUCGGUCUCGGAACCACAUUCGGAUAUGCUUUCUGGUACGGAUACCACGUCCCAGCCGUCCGCAAGCGCGAUGCAUUCUACGCCAAAUUGGAGGAUCAGAGAGCUGCCAAUGCUGCUGCAUAA